CUUCGAGUUUGUGCGACAAGGCAUUAGACAUAAAUCAUCAUCGUUGGCGAAAUUCAAAUCUUCUGGUGUCUUUUCAUUGGUCAAACAGCGUAUGCCCAUCUUCUCACAGCUUCUCACAGUUGUCUGUUGGAUGAACCAAUCCAGUCGAGUUGACCAGAGUCAGAAAGAUGAUCGUUGAUAGUAGGCGGCAACCUUGUCUUACUCCUGUCCCUUGUCUUCACUUCGAAGACGUCACUGAACUGAGCUUUUCAUUGUGAAUCACCUGGCAUAUAGCAUCAUGCAUCAUGUAGCUGUUGAAUGAGGUUGGUGACAGUUUGUGGCACUAAAACCGUAUUGCUGAAGCAGCUGCCAAAUUACUUGUGGGUCGACGCUGUCGAAGGCCAUUUCAAAGUCGAUGAAGUUGAGGUAAAGAGUUGACAGGAUUUUACAUAAAAUGCUUUAAUUCGAUUGAAAGUAAUGUAAAUUAUACUUCUACACCUUAUAGGUUACCCGGUGCAUAUGGCUAAAAUAGGUCAGGGUAUUCAAAUUGCCCUGUCGUGGGUUCCAGGAAAAAAUGGAAGUAUUUCACCGGGGGCAAUCAGUGUUGAGAAUGAUAUCUAUGUGGCUCGCAGAAAAUACGAGGAUGAAUGGAUUCCUGGAAAGCUUGUAACAGGAUAUCAAACAUGUUACUGUCCAUUAGAUGGCAGAGAGUUAGAAUCGUCGGAGUAUGAAGUUCUAUGUGACACUUGCCUUCCUAACUCAAAAAAAUGUUAUGCUUGGGAAAAAGCAUCAGGUGGUGAGGUGCCAAAAAAGGCUAUAGUUGCCGGGAUUUCUAACGGUAAACCACUCUACAUUGCAAAAGGUCCAGUGUAUGAAGAAAUGUGUGUCGGGAAGGUACAAGAAGGCCAAGAAUUUGCUUGUCUUCCAUGGGGUGGUGAGGAACAUCGUGUCAAGGAUUAUGAAGUUCUUGUUUUCAAGAAGAAAUGA